AUGGAAUUGGAAAUGAGGAGAUCUGCCCCAAUCACAAUCCGCGCUCCAUUGUCGUUACUGGUCGUCCUUGGGUUUGCACAUAUAAGCGAGCAAGAGGAGUCGUCACCUGACUCAUCAGAGUUGAGAUGCAGAAAAAUCGCUUUCAACUUCGUGCGCCAUAGCUAUGGACUUAUGAGGAUGGAUCUCACACCUAAGUGCAUUCGAAAGAGGCGAGCUCAAGGGCCAUUGACACUUGUUGUUGAUCGAGAGCGACAUGAGCAACCAUUCAAUGAGAUUGUGGAAAACGCUAAGAAACGUCGGCGGCUGUGGAAAACCAGCGAAGUAUGGACAAAACCAAGUGACCGAAUGGCGCAGAUGAGACAAGAGCUAGGCGAAAUCGCCGCUUCAUUAGACAAACCAAACUAAGUCAAAUUGAAACAAGAAGCCGGUAGUGGAGGAAUGAGUUUGAAAAGAUUAUGAUUAUGGUAAAUGUGAUCUGAUCCAACGUUUUAGUCCAGUAGUAGUGAUGUUUUAUCCAUUGCAAGUUGUUUGAAAACAUUGUUGCUUAAUAUGAAUCUCAUCAAUACGUUCAAAUGAAACUUCUUCAU